UGAAUUAAGAAAGCAAACAGAUGUAUGAAUGUGUGACUGAGUUAGUGGAUGGCGUGAUGGGUGCAGGGAUGCAACAGGAUGGGAUGAGAGCAUGAUGGAAAUGAAUCGGAUAGGUUUGGAUAAGCGAUAGGGUCCAAGAAGGGAAUGAAAAUGAAUGAUUUGAAGUGGAAGGGAUGGGUGUAUUGUCGUCGUUGCCGUUUGAACAUCGAAUGCCCAUGUCAAAAGUAGCAGCGAAGUGGUCAAGCCCACACAAAUGACUCAGAAACAAACAAACAGAACAUCUGGAAGGGAGCAGCAACCAGCAGGAUGUCCAGCACGCGCUUUAGCAAAUGAAGGACGCUUCGAGGAGCCUGACAGUUUGACGGAUAGAACACGAUCAUCGUGUGGGCUGACAAGGUCAGCCAAGGAUACGGGAUCUCCUGCGGGAAUGAACACAUCAGUUGAGGCGAGAGAAUCCGCGGACAAUGGAAGGUCUCAGUCACAAUCGGUGGGGAACAGGUCCCUCUCUGGGGAAGUGAUGGGAUCUGGAAGAGAUAGAACCGCGUCUGUGGGAGGCAAUUCAGGCUCAGGUGCUUCUGAAGGAAUACCGAAGGGGAAGCUGGUUCAGACACUGCCAGUGUUGGUGGCAGGGUCUGUUCCAGGAGUUAGCUCUUUUGGAGAGCAACAUGACAGCGAUGAUUGUGCGGGCGUGCGAACCAUGUCUACAAGUGAAGGGGAUCGCAGCAAUGGAGGGGACUCGAGCACACCGCCCUUGUCAGCAGAUGGUGGGAGGCCUGCGUUUGUGGAAGAUCCUCCAGUUGUUCUUGGUGCUGGCAAGGAAAAAGUGGCUUUGCUUGGAAGUGCUGGUACUUCGGCUCCUAUUGCUGUAGGUGAUGAGCAUCUGUGCGUGCCUGUGCAGACGCCAUCGCAUAACUCUGCUGCCAUGCAGCAGGACUUUCAACGAAGAGUGGCGGCAGGAUCAGCACCGACGUAUGGAUGGACUUCGACUGGAAUGGUCCCUCAGCUUUGCGUGCCAGAGGCGCCUCGGUUUGUAGAGCAUGCAUCGGGGGCAAGUAGUGGUGGGGCUGUGACGUCAGGCAGAGUGUUGGCACGCUUGGCUUCACAGAGUGCUGUGGUCUCACCGGGGCUUGGAAUGCCUCAGGACUUGGCAGGCCUUAUGCAGGGGGUUCAGCCGGCACUGCCUCAUAUGCUGGGGGAAAGAGGAGUUAUGAUCCCUUCUCUGACGCCGCCAGCUCUCAUUUGUCAGAGAAUGGAGCAGGAAAGUGCAGGCUCUGAAGGCAUAACACAGCAGCUGAGCCACCAGCAAGUAAUGCAUCGUGCGGGCUCUCAACAACUCAGUCAUCUCACGGUUGGCAAUCUGACAACUCCGCGGCACCUGUUGAAUCCGAUCCCUGCUGCCCCACCUUUGUCUCAGCAGAUGAUAUCUCCACCCUUUGUGACGCAUCCAUCGACCGAUCACCAUCAACCCAGUUCACCGCACAUGAGCAAGCUGCCCUUGCCCUCAGAGCAGCAUCAGGCUGGUAAACAACUUCCUGAAGUAAGUUCUCCGCUUAUUGAUCGUGAACAGCUUUCUGAGCAAGAAGCCAGCCUGCAUCAUCUGACAAUGCAAUUGAGAGUCCAGCAACAGCAUCACCACCAUUGGGGACGGUUGCAACCCCAGGUAGGGCAGCAGGAUCGAGGGCAAGAGGUGGUCAGAGAAGCCCAGCUACACUUGAUGCAGCAGAGUCAGCGUCAACGUGAAGAAAUCCUGAUGAAGCACUGGCAGCAGGUGCAAGCCCAUGCGCAGCAGCAACAACGAACAAUUCAGCGGCCACCCGCGCAACUCCCAUUGUUAUUGUCACAUCAGGCGCUGAUCGGGCCCGGUCCUGCGAUGCCCAUGCAUGCGUCUGCUCCUCACAUGGGGCAAAUGUUUCAGCGACAGUCAGAUGCACCAGGGGUCCAGUCUUUUUCAAGAAAUGCAUUGGAGCAUUGUGAGAGAAUGAAAGAUGGUGAUGACAAUGGUGGUGAGUAUUACGAUAUUGAUGACGAGGGGGAAGCAGGAGAAAAAGAGGGAAAUGAGAAGGCAGAGAUUGUUGCUUCUGAUGUGGGGAAUCUGAGGCAGUGGAGACAGCAGUCGCAGCAACCUCAGCAACCUCAGCAACCUCAGCAACCUCAGCAACCUCAGCAAGAGGUGCAGCAACCUCAGCAAGAGGUGCAGCAACCUCAGCAAGAGGUGCAGCAACCUCAGCAGCAACUGCAGCAGCCCCAGCUGGUGCGGCAGCGGGCUGAGCGACAGGUGCUGCAGCAGCGGCCUCAGCACCAAGAGCAAGAACAGCAGCCGAGUCACGGUCUCUUCAGUCCUCGUAUAUCCUCUGGUAUCAUUACGGAUGAACAACAUCCAAGUCCGCCAAAGGUCACUGCGCACAACUCUGCAUCUGUAGGGAUGCUGUUGGGGACAAAACCUUUCACAUCCCUCGCUGAGGGACCUGGCGAGUCUAACCGGUGUUUGUUAGGCAGGAUCAAUACGAGGUCCAGGUCUGCUACACUGAGUGUGCAUGGAGAUUUGGGAGAGACGUCAGCAAAAGGUUUGGUGGGAGCGGUGAGAACCUGCUGGGGAGAGAAAGGGAUAGAGUUGAAUGUAAAUGACCAGGAGGCGGGAAGGGAGUGUAGGGAUGACCGGAUGGAACUGCAGAAGAUUGCUGUUGCAGAGAUGAUAAGGCGGGGUAAUGACAGUGUGGAGGUGGAAAUGGCGGCUGUGCCAUCGCAGACCGAGGGUGAUACAGGAUUAGCUAGAGAUAAAAUGAUGGAAUCUGACAAGACGGGCAGAGGAGGUCCGGUUGCUUCAAUGAUUGAGGUUGAAGAGCCCACGCUCAAUGUUGGAGUGGGGGAAUGCAACAGUGAUAUGUGUCUUCGACAGUGGCUCUUGCGGCCAGGAUGGGAGAUUGACCGUGUGGAGAGCCUUCACAUAUUCAAACAGGUCGUCGAGAUGGUGAAGGACGCUCAUUCACAUCAAGUGAUGCUACGGCAUCUGCGCCCAUCGGCGUUUGCCAUCUCCUCUGCUCAUAGAGUCAGUUUGGUGGAGUGUGCAAGCACAUUGGCCAGCAGCUCGGAACGGGGUACUACAGGUUCAGGAGGUUCGUCCAGGGCGUACAGCGGGGAACCGUCAGUGGAAACUAGGAAGGAAUUAACUAUGGUUCAUUCAGUGCGCGAUCCAGUAGAGGGCAGGGCGGGCAUUCUGGCGAUGGCAACGGGUAGUGCAAGAUGUCCAGUUGAAAGUGGGCAAAGGAGGGAAGGAUCGGGAAUAAGAUUAUCGGGAAGAAGUGCUGAAAGAGAGAAAGAAAAUGGAAGAAAGCGUGGAGUAUCAUGGCAGGGAAUCGCAGAAGGAAGCAUGAAGGAAGCCAGGUCAAGGCAUCAAUCCCAGGAAGAGUCUGGCGCAGCGUUCCGAAAACGCUACCGGGAGGUUUGGGAGGUGUCAGGGUCGGAUGGAUCCCAAGAGCUGUUAAGAACAGGAGAUCCGGGAACUCCGAGCGAGGGACGGAGAGGAAAAGAUCUAUCUGGAGGCACUUCAGACGAAGACCAAGACGCAUCUAGCCCGCAUGCAGACAUGGAAGCAUUAGACAUGGCAGAGCAUGGCUGGUACAUGAGUCCAGAGGAAGAAACCGGCUGCCAGCCGUCCCUUGCUUCUGACAUCUAUAGUCUUGGAGUUUUAUUUUUUGAGCUGUUCUGCCCAAUCUCAUGCCCACAGCUGAGAAUGAGAAUUAUGGCACACCUGAGACACAGGAUUCUUCCCCCCUGGUUCCUGUCGGAGCGACCAAAGGAAGCGGCAUUCACGUUAUGGCUUCUGCAUCCUGAACCUGACUCAAGACCAAAAGUCUCAGAGGUUCUCUUAUGCGACUUGCUUACUGAGGUUGAGGAGGCACUGAGAGAGCGCCAGGCUGUCAUCAAGAUUGAGGAGAAGGAAAGUGAACUGGAGGUGCUGCAGAACUUUCUACUGCAUUCUCAGAGAACGAAGCAGAGCCAGGCCUCUCUGCUUGUGGCAGACAUCUCAAGACUAACGGCCGACCUCAACGAAGUACAGUGCCGGCAAAAAUGUCUUCGUCAAUACGGUCCGCAAGCGCUUGACGAGCAAGGUAGUGGGCAUCAGGUAAGACCAGGUAUGGACAGCCACAGAGGGAAUGAAAACGCACAGCAGCUGGGGGGUGCACCACAAGAAGGCGGCGAUGCUGAUGCGCCCUUGGACAGCAAUACCUCUUUCAGCUUUGAAAGGUGGUGUAAUGGCAGUAACAAUGCUGCCACUAAACGACCAAGGGAGGAGGAGGAUGUGGAGGGGGAGAAGUUCAGUCGUGGUGGAAGGCUGGUGACCAAGAGUGCCCGCGUCAUGAGAAACUUCGAGCAUCUCGAGAAAAUUUAUCUGUCAAUGAGGCAAGCAUCAGAACAACAAGGUGGACGCGAUACGGCGGAAGGGAAGGAGGUGGGAUCAGCGGUGGCGGAGCCCAGCAGAGUAUGUCUGAAAGAAUUGGAGCAGAGGCAGCCUGCUGCAGGAGAGGCACCCGUUCUUUCGUCUGCCAAUCAACAACCGGCAGAGGGUCCACUGACGACUGCUCUGACUUCCACGGCUAUCGGUCAGCCACAAUUUGAAGUACAAGAUCGGGAUUGGUUGGGAAGCUUCUUCGAUUGUCUUUGUAAAUUUGCUCGCUACAGUAAGUUUAACGUGAAGGCGACACUGCGACAUGGUGAUCUGCUGAACACAUCCAACAUGGUAUGCUCCAUUAGCUUUGAUAGAGAUGAAGAGUACUUUGCAACCGCCGGAGUUUGCAGGAGGAUUAAGAUCUUCGAAUACAACACAGUCGUUAAUGAUCGUGUGGACAUUCACUACCCUGUUGCUGAGAUGGCAUCAACUUCAAAAUUGAGCUGCAUCUGCUGGAACAGCUACAUCAAGUCAAGGUUAGCGUCUAGUGACUACAGUGGGAUUCUACAGAUCUGGGAUGUAUACACGGGCGAACCGUUGAUGGAGUACACGGAGCAUUUGAAAUGUGCUUGGUCUGUUGACUUCUCGAGGGGUGACCCGAUGAAGUUUGCGAGUGCAAGCGAUGAUGGCAGUGUGAAGCUAUGGUCGAUAAACCAGGAAUCUAGCUUAACGACUAUCAAGUCGGACAAAGGUAUGCCGGUGUGCUGUGUGCAAUUCCCAACGGAGUCCUCGAACACGAUUGCAUUUGGUGCCGCCAACUACAAAGUGUACUGCUAUGAUUUACGUAAUAUCAGGGCGCCAUUGUCGGUUCUAAGCGGGCAUCAGAAGGCUGUUAGCUACGUUAGGUAUCUUGAUUCGCACACAAUUAUCUCUGCAUCUACGGACAAUACGCUUAAGCAAUGGGACAUGAGACGACCGGCAUCCGAGGCCUGUGUUCUGACGUACACUGGGCACUACAAUGAGAAGAAUUUCGUCGGGUUGGCGGUGGUGGAUGGCUACAUCGCUUGCGGCUCAGAAACGAAUGCGGUUUAUGCGUAUCAGCGGUCUCUGCCCGUUCCGAUGGCGUCGCACAUGUUCCAAGGGAUCGAUCCUGUGACUGGUCAGGAGACGGAGGAUGAUGCAGGCCAGUUUGUGAGUAGUGUAUGCUGGGGUGACCGAACUCAGACGCUCAUUGCCGCGAACUCUGUGGGGAACAUCAAGAUUCUUGAGCUUGUGUAGUUUGCUGUAUGAGGAGAGAGAUGCGUAUUAGAAUCGGAUGCUGAAAUGCUGGUUGGCGUAAACCUUUGUCCUUGCUCAGCGGGGACACGUUUGGAAUUGGGAUGUUUGUCCAUUUUGGUCGAGUUUUAUGCUUGCUUGUUUAGUGAAAUUUCAAUGCGCCCCGCGACCGUUAUGCCCGAGAGAACCAAUUCCGGAUCCGUGUGUACGUUUGGAUGAUAUGUCCGAUGCUUCUGCUGAGAUCUUGCUCUCCAAGCCCUUUUGCCCAUCUACCUCAUCUUGAAAGCUGUCAUUUUUGUCGAAGCACGGAGCGGAGCUACUACCAGUUUCAGCGUUCAUUGACGACCGGCUCUCUCUGGCUGUGCUUUUCCUAUUUCACGAGUUUGGAAGUGCGAUCAGCACUACCACGAAUGACUUGACGCUCUGUAAGGAGGCGCCCAAGUGACGAGUGAAGUUUAACCCGGCAGUACAUUUACCACGAGGCACUCACUGGCAGUACAUACGGUCACCAGAAGGCUAACCAUAGUUACCACGGUGGCUAACCAUAGUUACCACGGUGGCUAACCGUACUUACCGCGGUAAUUACCGUCCCUGGUCAUGCAUUUUCCAUUGUUACGAAUAGCUGGACGCCACUUCACCAAUGUCUGUCUGUAUUCUGUGAAGCAGCAGGGCUGUUUCAUCCACUCUAUGUCACGCCAGUUCAGUUGAAUUUACUGAUGUUCCAUAAAGGUAGCAGAGAGGCUAUUUUUGACUUCUGCAUGGGCGACAACAAGCAGGAGGGGGGGGGUAGGGGAUUAGCAAGAUAAGCCGGGGCCGGGCUGUGACUGGUCCGUGAGGUGGAUGUGGCUGUGUAGUGCGAUGAGGUCCUGACCUGUGAUCUGGAAAGCGUCACUGUGUGAGAAGGGCUGUGUGUUUGCUACUUAUCACCACCUGGUGAUAGCGAUUGCUCGUCUGGCAGUUAUGGGAUAUUACCCCGGCCGACUUACGGCUGGCCACGAGGUAGCCAGCAUGCCGCAAGCCAUCAACAUAG